AUGCUUCCCCCCCGCGCUUCCAGCCACGGUCGAGACUCCACUGCCAGCACCGCGCAGGCCACUGACGAUGACGACGAGGACGACGAGGAAGAGGAAGAGGACGCAGACGAGGAGCCCAAGCUGAAGUACACCCGGCUGACGUCUAACUUGGGCUCUGUCUACCGGAAUGGCGAUGCGACGAGCUCCUUCAUGGUUGCGGGGGACAAAAUGAUCAUGGGAACACACAAUGGCAAUAUCCAUGUCCUCACUAUCCCGUCCUUCCAGCCCUUGCGCCUAUACAGCGCCCAUACCGCGUCUGUCACCGCCGUCUCCGUGUCUCCGUUCCCGCCGCCUCUUCCGUCUGUAAGGCCCGAUGUCCCCCCCAGCCGGCCAGUCGAAGCACCGGGUACUCCACAGAAGGCACCCUCAGUAUCAGCCGGCCAGACGGCGUCGCCGCGAACCCCACGACAGCCACCUGUUCCCUCUACCCCAUCAAAUUCAAUAUUCAUAGCCACCUCAUCCAUAGAUGGCCACGUUUGCGUGUCGUCGCUCGUAGAUCCCAGGGAUGUUACGUUACGGAACUUUGCGCGUCCCGUACAAGCGGUAGCGCUAUCACCGGAGUACAAAUCCGACAGAACGUAUCUAUCGGGAGGCUUGGCUGGCAAUCUGAUUCUCACUUCUGGUGGUCAACCGGGCGUGAAGGCUAAUGCGAACACGAACAAUGCUGCGGCUGCAGCUCAGGGAUGGCUAGGGGCGAUCGGGUUCGGUGGCAAUUCUGGACGAGACACGAUUUUGCAUUCCGGGGAGGGCGGCAUCAGCACGAUCAAAUGGUCGCUCUCUGGAAAGUACGUGGUCUGGGUCAACGAGCAAGGCAUUCGGAUCAUGCGGACGAAUCUACAGCUGGAAAGCGCCGAUUCAGACUUUGCAUGGAAGCGUAUAGGAUUCGUUGAUAAGCCAAACCGCCGAGCCUGGGAAGAGAUGGCUGGUGUCUGGAAAGCUCGAGCGGACUGGGUAGACGACCAAGCCCUUGAGGUUGACGAUGACUUAAAUGGACCGAGUGGAAUUGGGAGCGCGACAAAGGCCGAAUCCUCGCUGCCUCACAGGCGCCCUGACAAGCAGCAGAAUGGGACCAAGAAAAAGAGAGUCGAGAAGCUGGUGGUUGGGUGGGGUGAUGCCGCUUGGGUGAUCCACGUUAACCCAGGAGGCGCCGGGGUGGGUAAGGAUAUUGGAGAAAGAUCUGUUGGCAGCGCCGACAUAGACUGUAUUGUUUCUGGGAUUUCGCUUUAUACCCCUUCCUUGCUUCUUGUACUUGCUUACCGGACCCGCGAUGACGACGACAACCCCAUUACACCAACUGCCGAAACGACCCCACGCAGAGGAAUGCACCGCCGCCACAAUGGACUGUCUCCUGAGCUGAAAUUAAUCGAUGCGGCCACCUCCGAUGAAGUUGAGGUGGAUAUGCUCAACGUGAGUCGGUUCGAAACUCUUUCCUCGGCCGAUUACCAUUUGAGCACUCUUUAUGUUCCCCAUCCAAAGGCCAUGACGCCUGCUCAACGAGGUGCGUUGGAAGCUCUUGGCGGAGGCUUGUGGGAUGCUGGCGUUAGUGCGGCUCGUAUAUUUAGUUCGGGUGCGAGCGUCAUCAGCCUUCCUAGCAGUGGCGACAACGGUAAAGCAACACAGUCCUUGGAGUCUAGCAGCGGUGUGAAUUCUUCUUCUCCUUUCAUGGGGAAGCGACUACAGGACGUUCAUCCGGCUGCAGCCUCCGCUGGAUUGAAAAUCUUCAUCCAAAGCCCUUUCGACUGUGUCCUUGCUGUCAAACGUGACCUCGCGGACCAUUUCAACUGGGAACUAGAGCAUGAAAGAUACCAGGAGGCGUGGGAGCUCGUUGAUGAUCACCCCGAAAUUAUCACGGCAUCGUUCAGUAGACCUGCAGAUGCGUCUCCUAGCGGCACGCCAGUGAAAACUCAGGGAAGCCUUGUUGACUUCUUUGCCGAUGACACAGCUUCCCAAACGACAGUGUCAGCAGUUCGAAGUCAUAACUCGGCGGUCGAAAAAGAGAAGCGGCGUAUCGGUGACCUCUGGGUCAAGCAGCUUGUGUCUGCUAAAGACUGGAAGACAGCAGGAAAAGUCGCCGGCCGUGUGCUUGGAACAUCUGAGAGGUGGGACCACUGGUUCUGGAAGUUUGCUCAAGCAAAUCGGAUCGACGAGAUUGCACCAUACUUGCCCACGAAACAGAUGCAUCCACCAAUUCCGUCCUUGGUAUAUGAGGUCGUGCUAGGUCACUUCGUGAACCGCGAUAGGCUAAAACUCAAAGACUUUGCCGAUACUUGGGACUCGUCUCUGUUUGACAUCAACAGCGUAGCUGAGGCAAUCAAGAAGAAGCUGUCCGAAGGCGAGAUUACGGAGGACUCUGUGGAAGGCGGCGAACAAGCGAGAGACUGGCGCAUCCUACAAGACGUGCUCGCCAAAAUGUAUUUGUCUGGUGGCCGCCCAAGGGAAGCGUUAAAAUGCUACUUCCGCCUUCAAGAUGCCGACGCUGCUAUGAGUCUCAUUCGAGACCAUCAUCUUUUGGAGGCAAUCAGAGACGACAUUCCUGGAUUCAUCCUGCUUCGAGUGUCUAGGGAACAAAUGGAAUCGGCCCCAAUGCACGACUUACAAGAAGCGUCGAUAGAGGCAAUUCACCUCUUAGUGACGGAGGCUAAUCGUGGAGUUGUGCCCGCGCAGGAGGUUGUUUCUCAGCUAGAGAGCAAGGGUCUGUCAUUUCAGCCGUUCCUCUUCCUCUAUCUUAAGUCGCUUUGGAAGGGCGAAGGCAGCGAAAACAAAGGGAGCACCACUGCUGAUCGCGUUGCUGCCGAUGGCCUCAAGAUGAUGGCUGAAGAUUUCGGCGAUCUUAUUGUUUCACUAUUUGCGGAAUAUGACCGAUCGAACCUCAUGGAGUUCCUACGUUCAUCCCAAAGCUACAACCUCGACAAAGCCUCCGCCGUUUGCGAGGGCCGUGAUUAUAUACCCGAGCUGGUGUACAUCCUCUCUAAAACAGGUCAAACGAAACGUGCACUUUUCCUCAUCAUCAACACCCUCGCAGAUGUGUCUCGUGCGAUUUCCUUUGCCAAGGAGCAGAACGACCCUGACCUUUGGGAUGACCUACUGGACUACAGUAUGGAUAAACCGCGAUUUAUACGGGGUUUGCUAGAAGAAGUCGGUACGUCCAUUAACCCUAUCACUCUCGUGCGCCGCAUUCCUGAAGGCCUCGAGAUUGAGGGCUUGCGAGAGGGCAUAGGAAGAAUGGUUAGGGAAUACGAGAUCCAAUUCAGCAUAUCAGAGGGAGUAGCACGAGUACUAAGGGGAGAAGUGGCACAAGGCAUGGACAUAUUGCGGUCUGGGCAGAAGAGGGCGGUAAAAUUCGACGUCAUUCCUGCGGCUGACGAGCCUGAAGAGAAGACAUCCAACGUUGAGCAGCUACAUCUAGUCAAAUCAGACACAAGCGCUAAAGACGAUGCCUCGAAGUCCUUCAAUCCAUCGGCGCCCUCUGAGCCAACGCAACCGCAAUUGGAAGGGCAGGCUGGACCUGGUCACUGCACUGCUUGCCAUCGCCCCUUUUCUCUCCCCGGGUCCCUUCCAUCAACUAUCAAUGCCGACGAUGAUCUGGAACCAAGUCCUAUCCCUCCCUCGCGAGACACUCUUGUUGGCUUUGCUUGUGGCCAUGUUUAUCACCUGUCGUGUCUCCUGCCCAAGACCUCUGCGUCAGCUUCAGUAGCUGCAACGCUGCAGGCGCGCCUAGCGAGAGAUGCCGACGAAGACGGUGGGUGGGGGCGGAGUGUAGGGGCAAAGGUUUCCCAUGCGCAUGUCAUCAAAGGGGCUAUUGGGAGGGGGUGCGUGGUGUGCUUUGCGACGGAGGAAGAAGAGAGCAAUACUUGA